AUGUCCAUCUCAUCUCUUAUCGGCGGCGGCGGUGACACAGGUGCGCUCAACCAAACAGCGCAAUCACAGCCCUCGCCUCCCACCAACGUCCCAGUACCCAACGGCCACAGCAUGCAGCCACCUUCGCCUCGACGUGGCCUGCCCGCUGGUUCACGGUCGGAUUUCCCUCUGUUUCGCCGUCAACCCACCCCAGAACGCAACAUGUACGGCAGCAAUACCUCGCGGCCGUCUGAAGGUCAUGCCUUCUCGGCCGGCUCACCCAGACAGUCCUACAGCAACCAUGGCUCGCCUGAUCCGGGUCGCCAGUCGCUGCCACCAACGACACAAUCCUACAAGCCCAUGAACUUCGCCGGCCACCGCCCCUAUGCGCAGGACACAGGUCGACAGCCUGCCGCGAAUGUCCCACCCCGACCGAACAGCCAACCGAUGGGCCCUCUGGCAAACACCGAACAAGAGGGCAGAUCUUCGUACGACGGGUUCGCAGGCCGGCGCAGCGCCUACGGGCCAAACGAGGAGCGGCGGCGCACACUGGGGGAGUCGCAUCACGCAAGGCCCAAUGCUGCAGAACUCUUAGCAGGCACAAACCACAAUGCCUCGGAGAGGGAUCGGCCCGUGACUGUUCACCCUGUGUCGCAGUCUGGCUUCAGUCCACCGCAGGCGCAGCGCAACAUCUCUGGCUCAUCCGAACCUCCACGCAGUCUGUGGCGGCAAUCAGCGCCCACCGGUGCUGUCCAUGAACCUCCUCAUGACAGUCGCGCAGAGGAACCUCCGCCGAUGCAUCGCACCUAUGGCCCGUACCCCCCAUCCAUGUUGGGCGCUCCCCGAUACGGCGCCCAAAGUUCAGAGGAUAUGUUGCGACGCAGUGUAGACCAGUUGGGCCAUCGCGUAGUCGAGCAGUACCACGCUCCUCCUACCUCCGACCCCAACUCCCUAGAGCGACAGAGGACCGAGCCACUCGCACGCUCUCUAUCCUCCAGCGGAAGAUCACUCUACGAUCAGCCUUCCCGGAUGGGCGAGGCCAUGCAACACUCGAAAUCGCACAUUGGCUUUGGUUUGGAGGCGAGCAGACGAACGGGCAGAGCGUCUCCGCUUCCACAGGCUGUUCAAGGUGCCUCGGCGCAGCCCUUGUCCGUUGGCAAAGAUCCUGGAAUCAAGAGCGAAUUCGGGCGCAUGUUCUCCGGUCUCGGCAGCGGGCUGGGAUCGACGACCCCAUCGCGGGGAAGCCCCAUGCCACAGAACGGCCAGGGCUCAUUCGAAUCGGACAACGGCGAAAUGAUGAGAAGAAUCGGUUCCCAGCAAGGAAGGAAGCCGAAGCGAGUCAAGGAUGAGGAGGGGAUCUUCGACAUCGAGAAUGCUGAUGGUAGAGGAACACCCGUCACCACCAUCACCAUCACCACCAACACAAGCCUGACGAAGACACGGCGAUCCAGCCAACCUCAACUACCAUUAACGGGCGACACCCCAGUCUACCACAAGCUGGCCCAGGCCAAUCAGUUCAUCACCACCACCACAUUGGAGGAAACCCUCAUCACCAUCAUCACCACCACCACACCCCUCGACCUAACCUUCAGCCUAACAAAGAUCCUGAUCAAGGUCCACGACGUACAGCCUGUUCUUGACGAUGCUGCGAAACGCCCUCGCAAACAUCUUGGAUCACAGCUGUACGAUGCAAAGACCGAGCUGCCCAAGCCCAACUCAUCGCUAGAUGACCAGUUCGGAUACGCCUCGAAACCUCAACGGUUGCCUCGUUUCGACGUCAAUCCCAUCAAUUGCACCUUUACUAUCAGAGUGCCGCGUUACUACCUGAAACCACGACAACGCCAGCACGUCGUGUUAGAGAGACAUCUUUGGGGUGCGCGCGUGUAUCGCGACGAUUCAGAUCCUAUUGCUGCUGCGAUCCACUCUGGAUGGAUCCGUGGUGAAUGGGAUGAUACUGUCGACGUCACUAUGCUCGACCCACGCAUCACUGCGCCCAACGACCCAGCCGAUGCCGCUGAUGUUUUAACAAAGGUGCCAGCGGCCCCUGUGACACCACCCGCCGAUAUGGACUUGCAGAUUGAGAUACUCAUCUUGCCGCAACUUCAGGAGUACACGGGUUCCGUCGAAUAUGGCAUCUCGAGCAGGAAGAGCAAGGCUCAUGAGGGUCUCAGCUUCAUGAUCAAUAAGAUUCGAUGGGUUGAGGAAGGCAUCGGCAGCCGAGGACAGGAACGAACAGCAGCGGCAUUGAAGCGACGAUUGGAUGCCAGCGCGACUCUGCUUGCUUUGCAAAGGGGAAUCGACAACACGCACAGGGUCAAUGGCAUGACCAAACUGCAUGCUUGA